AAAAGUCUUGUUAAGGUUAGGAGUCCGCCUGCGGCACAUUUCGAGCAAGUGAGCUUGUUAAUUUACAUCAAGUUAAAUCGGAAGUGUUCCAUAUACAGUUUAAUUUUUGAUUUUCAAGUCUCUGUAAAAACAAACAAAGAAAAGCAGUAUCAAAAUGUUCCGCCUACCAGUUUCACUUGCACGCACCUCGAUCAGCCGUCAGCUGGCGAUGCGCAGCUAUGCGAAGGAUGUCAAGUUCGGUGCCGAGGUGCGCGCCAUGAUGCUGCAGGGCGUCGAUGUGCUGGCCGAUGCUGUGGCCGUCACCAUGGGCCCCAAGGGGCGCAACGUGAUCAUUGAGCAGUCGUGGGGCUCGCCAAAGAUCACCAAGGAUGGCGUUACGGUUGCCAAGGCCAUUGAGCUGAAGGACAAGUUCCAGAACAUUGGCGCCAAGCUGGUCCAAGAUGUGGCCAACAAUACCAACGAGGAAGCCGGCGAUGGCACCACCACAGCCACAGUGCUGGCGCGCGCCAUUGCCAAGGAGGGUUUCGAGAAGAUCUCGAAGGGUGCCAAUCCCGUUGAGAUUCGUCGCGGCGUCAUGCUCGCCGUCGACACCGUCAAGGACAACCUGAAGGCCAUGUCGCGUCCCGUCAAGACGCCCGAAGAGAUCGCCCAGGUGGCCACGAUCUCGGCGAACGGCGACCAAGCCAUUGGCAAGCUCAUCAGCGAUGCGAUGAAGCGUGUCGGACGCGAUGGCGUCAUUACCGUCAAGGAUGGCAAGACCCUCAUCGAUGAGCUGGAGGUGAUUGAGGGCAUGAAGUUCGAUCGCGGCUACAUUUCGCCCUAUUUCAUCAACUCGUCGAAGGGCGCCAAGGUUGAGUUCCAGGAUGCGUUGUUGCUGCUCUCCGAGAAGAAGAUCUCCUCGGUGCAGAGCAUCAUACCCGCCCUCGAGCUGGCCAACUCACAGCGCAAGCCGCUGGUCAUCAUUGCCGAAGACAUUGAUGGCGAGGCGCUCAGCACCCUGGUGGUGAAUCGCUUGAAGAUCGGCCUCCAGGUGGCCGCCGUCAAGGCGCCCGGCUUCGGUGACAACCGCAAGUCCACCCUCACCGACAUGGCCAUCGCCUCGGGCGGCAUUGUUUUCGGCGAUGAUGCCGAUCUGGUCAAGCUGGAGGAUGUCAAGAUCAGCGACUUGGGUCAGGUGGGCGAGGUUGUCAUCACCAAGGAUGACACUCUGCUGCUGAAGGGCAAGGGCAAGAAGGACGAUGUGCAGCGUCGCGUCGACCAGAUCAAGGAACAGAUCACGGACACCACAUCCGAGUACGAGAAGGAGAAGCUCCAGGAGCGUCUGGCCCGUCUCGCCUCCGGCGUCGCUUUGCUGCGCGUCGGCGGCUCCAGCGAGGUGGAGGUCAACGAGAAGAAGGAUCGCGUCCAUGAUGCACUCAAUGCCACCCGUGCUGCCGUCGAAGAAGGCAUCGUGCCCGGCGGUGGCACCGCGCUGUUGCGCUGCAUCGAGAAACUGGACGACGUCGCCACCACAAACGAGGAUCAGAACCUUGGCGUGGAUAUUGUGCGUCGCGCCCUCCGCAUGCCCUGCAUGACAAUUGCCAAGAACGCGGGCGUCGAUGGCGCCAUGGUCGUGGCCAAGGUGGAGACCCAGUCGGGCGACUAUGGCUACGAUGCGCUCAAGGGCGAAUACGGUAAUCUGAUCGAGAAGGGCAUCAUCGAUCCCACCAAGGUGGUGCGCACCGCCAUCACCGAUGCCGCCGGCGUUGCUUCGCUUCUGACCACCGCCGAGGCUGUUGUCACCGAGAUACCCAAGGAGGAUGCUGCUCCAGGCAUGGGCGGCAUGGGUGGUAUGGGCGGCAUGGGAGGCAUGGGUGGUAUGGGUGGCAUGAUGUAAGCGCACCCGCACACACACACCAACACACACACCCAUACACACACCAACACACACACACACACACACCAUUCAUAUGUUUAGGCCCACGAUGCAUAAAGGCCAGGCUACGGGAUGCGGCAGCAAUCCGCGGGCACCUCCAACU